UGGUGCCGCCAGCGCUGGGGAGCGCCCGAGCCGCGGCCCCGCCGGGCGGGAGGUGAGCGCUGGCCGCUCCGCCCCCCUCCGCCCCGCGCGGAGCACGGUCCCCGGCAGGGUGUUUGUGCUGCUCCGAGUCUGUCUCUCCGCCCCCGUCUCUCUCUCUCCCGCCCGCCCCGCCGGGACCUCUCCUCUCCGGGCAGCAGCGAAGCCGCCUCAGGGCGAGCGGCAACAGAGGUGCUGCAGCUGGUGGGGCGCUCUCGCCAUCCAGCCCGCCGGGAACAUGGCUACCGGUGGCUACCGCAGCUCCGGGGGCAGCACCACGGACUUUCUGGAGGAGUGGAAAGCUAAGCGGGAGAAGAUGCGUGCGAAGCAGGCGCCGCCGGCCCCGGGAUCAGUGGCUGGGGGGGAGGCCAGGCCCGCCGGGGCAGCCGCCACCUCCGAGCUGAACAACAACUUGCCCCCGGGCGGCCCGGCCGCGCCCCCCGCCGGCGGGGCCGUCAACUGCGUCGGGCUCUCCAGCGCCGCCCUGGCUCGGGCCGCCCCCAACAAGGAGCCGCCGCCGGCCCUCGCCGGGGUCCGUGGGGCCGAGCCUGCCCCCAAGCCCCCGCCCGCUGCCGCGCCGGGCUCCCCCGAGGGCGAGGAGAAACUGGCCGCCAAGGGAAAGAGCUCGGGCCCCAGCGCCAGGAAGGGGAAGGGGCAGAUCGAGAAGAGAAAGCUGAGGGAGAAGAGGAGGUCGACAGGUGUGGUGAACAUCCCGGCUGCCGAGAGCCUUGAUGAAUAUGAAGAUGAUGAAGCAGGGCAGAAGGAGCGAAAGAAGGAAGAUGCUAUUACCCAACAGAAUACAAUACAAAAUGAGAGUUCCAGUGCAGAUACCCCUGGCUCAUACUUAUUACAGGAUUCUUCCAGGAUGGUUUCAAGCAGGUAUAAAAGCACAGCUAAUGCACCAGAAGAUGACGCUCCAAAUAGGUAUUCACGAACAGACAGGGCAACUUACAGCAGAUACAGCAGGGAUGCAAAUUCUUCUGGCAGUUCCAUACCAAAUAACGCUUUGGAAAAGAGAAUUGAGGAACUUGAAAGGGAACUUGCAAAGGAGAGACAGGAAAAUGCGAGAUUAGUGAAGAUGACACAGGACAAAGACGAACUAAUUGGAAAGCUGAAGGAAGAAAUUGAUUUAUUAAACAGGGACCUAGAUGAUAUAGAAGAUGAAAAUGAACAAUUGAAGCAAGAAAAUAAAACCCUCUUGAAAGUUGUUGGACAGCUGACAAGGUAGAAGAUUCAAGCCUCAAUGAGGAAAGAUUUAAAAACUACUGAUUGAACGUUAAGGUCAAUAUAGUAAUACUUCCUGUGUUGCAGUAUGUUAUAAUAACUGUCUUUAUAUUUAUUGUUAGGAAACCAGAUGAAUGUUUAUUUUCAUAGUACUUUCUUCUUCAUUCAAUGAAAUGGCAUCAAAUUGUGGUAUACUUUUAGCUUUCUUUUUGCAUAACAGUAAUUAAGUUUUUUGACAUAUUUCAAAAUACUAAAUUCAAAAAUACUUGGGUUUUGAAUCUUCAGAUUACAUCUGAAUAAAUUACAGUAAUUUAAAAUUCAUAGCAUCAAGAUAACUUUCAGUCCAUGUGGGUGUAUAUUUUUGAAAUGAAUGGAAGCAAUACAUAUAAACUUUGUUUACACAGAUCCAAAAUAUAUAUUUUGGGAAAUACUUCCUUUUUUGUUUAAACACAGCUGUAAAGUGGGUGCCUUAUUACAGAUGUAUAGCUUUUUGCAGAUUGAUUACUUUUUCUAAAACUCUUGUAUGUUGAGGGUUUUUUUUACUGUAUCUGAAAGACUGACAAUAGCACAGAGUAGCAAUAUUUUUUCUCUAUAACAGUAUUCUGAUAGGAGGGGGAAGGUUUUAUUUUAAAAAAAGUAAUUAAAAACUCCAAACAAAACCACCAAAAAAACCCCACCAAAAUACAUCACCUGUGAUAUCAGCAUUAAUGAGUUUUUAGAAUCAUACUUAAGCUGUGCAGUUUAAGCUUAAGCAGUUUAUUUUAAAGCUUGUGUUUUAGCAAUGGAAUGCAAGUUUGCUAUCAGACAGUGAGUUUGUUUGCUGUGUUGAGAAUACAAACAAAACCUGGAGUGUUCAUUUUAGGAAAGACACUUUUGCAGUACUCUUCUACUUAAAGCUGUCAUCUUAAAAUUUAUAGGGAUCAUAACUGACAUGAAUUUUGUUACGUUUUAAUUUUUUCAAGCUGGGCGAAAUUUCUUGUACAUAAAGUAGAGGGGCAUACAAGUGAUUCAUGCCCUAUUGAAACAUAAAAUGGUUUAAAAAAACUUUAAUCCUUGAUUUUAAACUAACAAGGUGUUUUAAAAGUGCCUGUUUAGAUGCUAUAAUCCAGUUAUGACAGCAUACUGAUUCUUCUAUAAUAUGAUAGUAGACAAAAUUUUCUUUAGUGUCAACCACAGACCUCAGUUAACAGUUCUCUUAAAUUUCUUGUUAGGCUGAAAUCUGAUGUACUUUAUUUCAUCUUAAUACAGUAAUUUUUCAUUUGUGAUCAGAAUGUGUUUGUUAUUUGAGUUAGGAUACUAGAAGUGAAAACAUUUCAAAGAGUCCAGGCUUUUUCUUGACAAUUGUUGAAGUUUAGUGUCAGAAAGUUGCAUGCAUGUAAUUUUUGUUACCUUAAAACUUAAAGGUGACUUUAUUAUGUAAUAAUGAUCACCUUUACAGGUUUGCCAGUUGUUUUCGUAAUGCGUAUUUACUUACUGUAAGAGUUUCUUAAAUUUCAAAUCCAGUUACUAUUGUUACUCUUUGGAUUGUUUUGGAUAUAGGAUAGGUUAUUUUGCAUUUGUGUAUUCUAAUGAAGAGGUGCUUUUCAGAGCUUCAAAGUAUUUUUCAAGACACUUAUAUUCCAGGAUGCCUUGAUGUUUUCCUUCACAGUGGAUGAGAUCCCAUGGGACACUAUUUAAAACCUCUACUCAGGGGUUUAAAUGUCAUGGGGGUUUGUAUUGGCCCUCUGACCUACAAUAUACACCAAUAAAUGUUGCUUUUAAUAAUAUUCAAACAGUAAGAAGUCCCUUAAUUUAUCAGUUUCAUGCAAUUAAAAAAAAA